CAGAAGAACAGGUGCAUGACAUGGUUGGAAGGGGGUAGGAAACGUCUUUCCUGGUUUGCCUUGAGUCAACAUUACUCAGAAGUGAAGAGAGAUGAGCCAGGACACUCAGCAGAUGCAACUGAACUCCUUGAAGCUUUCAGACAAACCAAAAUGGCCGAAGAAGAAAUUGCUGCUCUCAUCAUUGAUAAUGGCUCUGGGAUGUGCAAAGCUGGCUUUGCUGGAGACGACGCCCCUCGUGCAGUGUUCCCAUCCAUCGUCGGACGCCCAAGGCACCAAGGGGUCAUGGUUGGGAUGGGGCAGAAGGACAGUUAUGUUGGUGACGAGGCCCAGAGCAAGAGAGGCAUCCUGACCCUGAAGUACCCUAUUGAACAUGGCAUUGUCACCAACUGGGAUGACAUGGAGAAAGUGUGGCACCAUACCUUCUACAACGAGCUCCGUGUUGCCCCAGAGGAGCACCCUGUCCUGCUGACAGAAGCUCCCCUGAACCCCAAGGCCAACAGAGAGAAGAUGACCCAGAUCAUGUUUGAGACCUUCAACUCCCCUACCAUGUAUGUGGCCAUCCAGGCUGUACUGGCCUUGUAUGCCUCUGGACGUACCACUGGCAUCGUGAUGGACUCUGGUGAUGGGGUGACCCAUGCCGUGCCCAUCUAUGAAGGCUACGCGCUGCCUCAUGCAAUCCUGCGCUUGGACUUGGCUGGGCGUGACCUGACUGACUACCUCAUGAAGAUCCUGACCGAGCGGGGUUACAGCUUCACUACCACAGCUGAGAGGGAGAUUGUGCGUGAUAUCAAGGAGAAGCUGUGCUAUGUUGCCUUGGAGUUUGAGCAAGAGAUGGCCACAGCUGCUACAACUGCCUCUUUAGAGAGAAGUUACGAGCUCCCUGACGGGCAGGUGAUCACCAUUGGGAACGAGCGGUUCAGGUGCCCAGAGGCCCUCUUCCAGCCCUCCUUCCUGGGCAUGGAGUCCUGCGGCAUCCACGAGAGCACCUUCAACUCGGUCAUGAAGUGUGACAUCGACAUCCGAAAGGACCUCUACGCCAACACGGUGCUGUCCGGUGGUAGCACCAUGUAUGGCGGCAUCGCCGACCGCAUGCAGAAGGAAAUCGCUGCCCUGGCCCCGAGCACCAUGAAGAUCAAGAUCAUUGCCCCAGUGGAGCGCAAAUUCUCAGUCUGGAUUGGCGGCUCCAUCCUGGCGUCUCUCUCCACCUUCCAGCAGAUGUGGAUCAGUAAGCAGGAAUACGACGAGGCUGGUCCGUCCAUUGUUCACAGGAAAUGCUUCUGAAUCAUGUUCCAAAAUGGAAGUGUCAAAUGUGGCUGGACAAUGGAUUGUUCCUUUAUGGAAAUCUUCCUUCCAAAGCUGUUCCUAGCUCUUCCAAGGGCUGUCUGUAUGCUUAACAUAUCCUAUCUAACAUUGCUUUUGACCUAUUCAAACUAAAGUCCCAUCACAUAUAACCUAACACAGGGAUCACCUGUAAAAAUGUGCUAAACCCUCAUGCUAGUGACUCAUCACAAGGUUAAGAGGUAAAACCAUGCUAAUGUGAGGCUAUGGAUCUGUCACUGACUAACAGCACUCUCUUCCCUCUUAGUUGUCAUUGUACUGUCAGAUUCUCAGGGCUAGAGAUGAGAUUGGUGCAAGAUGUACUCAAGGUCGGGCAUCUAAAGAUUGAGUAAUUAUUCCAUAACUCCUCUUCAGGGGCUGGCAAGUGCAAAUGUUAAUUGCCACUUGUCUUCCUGCUGUACCAGCAGGAAUUAAGGGGCCUGUCUGCUUUUUUUUCCCACCCAACUGUACCAAUAAAUAGCCAUGGGGCUAAAGGCCACUCCUGGCUCUAUGUGCAAGCUGUUGUAUUCAUACUAAUCUGAAGAAAAUAUCUGUACAUUGGGGAGAUGUAAGAGUUUGUAUGGUCAUUAAGGCAAAGUGGAGAAUUGUAACAUGCAAUGAUAGUCUUGUGAUAAGAGGAAACUUAAAAAUUAAAUCAUGAAGUGCUUUGCAGGACUGACUAAGUUCUUUAGGAAAUGGAUGGGGAAGGGAUUUGGACAAAACUCUAGGUCUCUUUUCAGAAAGCCAACUCCUUUGGUCAAGGAUCACAUGUAUCCCUGUUCAAGGUGUAACAUACUCAUUUUCCAGCCUCCUGGAAGGGAAGGCAGGGACUAGAUGACUUAUCUGACACUGCAAUGAGUCAUUGGUGGCAGAUCUGGGUAUGCAGUAGUAGAUGCUGGGGGCUGCUUGUCCUGACAAUUCCACCUGAUUUAAGGGAACGUCAGCUUCCUGUGGUGGUGUCUCAGGUCAUUGACUCUUAAGGAAGAGUCUCAAAGGUACAUGAUUAAACAGCAGCUGGGUUUUUUCCAGAGGUGCUGAGUCUCCAGAGCAUUUGCAGUUAGCCACUGCAUUUCUGGAAAACUGACACAAAGGGCAGGUCUACACUACAAACUUGCAUUGGCACUGGUGCAUCUGUGGCAUUAUAAUGCUUCUGGUGAAGAUGCUCUAAGUUGACAGGAACAAGCUCUCCCAUCAGCUCAACUCCGCCACCAUGAGACGCAGUAGCUACAUUGGCAGGAGAAACUCUCUCCUACAGAGCUACCCCUGCCCCCCCAAUGUAGACAGUUAUGCCAAUCUUAACUCCACACCCAACCAACACCCACUGAGCAACACAGUCAUACCAAAGUGUGUAGACCAGGCCUUAAGCAUCUAAACCUGGAUUAAAACUAACAAGCUACCCAUUUUCAAAACUCUGCCUGAAGGCUGGGCUUCUCAUUAGUGUCCCACUCCAAUCCUGAGGAAUGGGGUGGAUAUUAGGAACCUAAAUUGUAAUAGCUCUUGAGGCACAUACACUGCUACAGGGACUCCAUUAGAUGCCUUAAAACAGAGGUGCCUCAUGGGAUUUUUUUCCAAAGAUGUCUAACUCCUAGAGAUCUCCAAAUGAAAAGCACACCAACAGCCUUCUGCAUCUUGGGGGCCAGAUUACUAGAGGUACUUUGGUGCUAAAACUCCUGUAAGCCAUUCUGACUUGGUAUGACAACCACCUCUGGAGACCCAAUCACCCAGCAAUCGAACCUGCUCAGACCCCUGCUGCUCU